AUGUACCCAAUUUACGAGGGUAUAAACGUAAACCACGGCCUUUCGCCUUUUAACGAGAAUAUUCGUGAAUAUCACAUAGUAAAAAUAGUAUCUAAUACGGAUUGUAAAGCUUUGCGGUCUGUCCCGUUAAGUGCUGUUGGUACACCCACGGUAACGGAAUCUUACACUCCACCUGUCACCAAGCCUGCUAUUCAAGUCCAAUUGGUCACUGGGGCUCAGGAGACUCGCGACAAGUCAGGGAUAAAGAAUCCUGCUGCGAUCUGGGACACUGACGUAGACUUCGACUUGAAUGAAGGCUCUCGCAAGAUGACUGAGGAAGACUUAGCCAGGCUAGAUCUUCAAAGCUGGCGGAUGGAGGAUCUUAGCGACGUAACAACUGGUCUCCCGCCGAUAAGCAAGGAGGAUUUGCCUGGACUGGAAAAUGUGUGUGAGGAGAGCUUAUUCUCGGUUGGCGGUCCCGCCGCCGAGGACUCUGGAGAAAAUGUGGCGGAGAAGAAGACUGGAAUUGACAGAGGACACCGAAGGCCUCCCACUGCUAAUGCUUCGAGCUUUCUAGAAAUGAAAGUCGACCCCUCCAUCGAUGUUUUCGGCACCACGAACCGGCAAGAAAGUCCUGGACAUACUCUUCAAAGCGUGUCUUCAGACUGGCAACCUCCGAAAGCCACCCAGGAACCUCAACACAAUAAUUCCGUAAGGGCAUCGAGCGUGAUCGACUCGGAGGGUGCUGAUGGGUCUGGUUGGGUAAAAGUGGAAAUAGAGACAGAGAAUCCGGGCCAAACGGGCAAUGUGCCGUAUAGCCGCAUGAGCGGAGAUUUGGAGGCAUAA